AUGGCGCCUAUUUGGAAACCCGCAGCCGCGCUGACCUGGCUUUUAACAGUAGAGACGGCGCUGGCAUUGCCGCAACCUGUGAGCAGCGUUGCAGAGAAAAUCUUGAAACAAACAGCCACUUCUAGCACGGCAUUCGAGACCCAAUACCCCCCUUCGAACCAAAGACUUGCAAUUCCAGCAGCCAAGCCAAUCUAUCGGGUUGCGCUUGAUAACGCGGGUCGUCCAUCGCAGCUUCCGUUCCCAACAUUCGACGUUGACCGUUUUCUGGACGGUGUGGAUGGCCUGUUGUCGUCGCCCGAUCCCGAUUCCACGACUUCCCCCGCUGAGUCAACUGAGCCCCCAACUGUUCCCACAGAUCCCUCAAGCACUGAAGAAUCUGGAGAUCCCGGUCUCUCAUCAACUAUGAACGGACAAGACCUUUUCCAGUCCAUUGCGACAGGGGCGGUUCCUGCGAAUAUAAAGACGCGUCACGAUCACCCAGUACCGAACAUUCAUGCCAAUUCAAGUGGUCCAAUUGAAACAAACAAGUUCUAUGCUGGGCUUUUCCUUGGGUCUCAGACCAAUGCCAGUUUCACGCAGCCUUACUCCGUCGCAUGGUCGAGAGGCGGUGGGUCCCUCAAAAGCUGGGGCAUGGCUGUCUCACACAUUGGGGCCAAUAUGUUGGCUUACGGACCCAAAAACCCCAAAAUUCCGGGCAGUCCUGUCGAGUACUAUAUCAACCCCGUUGGUCUUCAGCAUGUAAUUCUAUCUGCAGAGGAGCUGGGAGAGUCGAGCAUACUGCACACCGAAAAACCCAAGGCAUUUUCUGCCCAUGCGGUGCUGAAGCGAUCUGGUGGAUCUGCUCAGAGAAUUACAUUCCCCAUUGUUCAGGGUAUGGGCUACGUGACUGGAUUGUACAAUGACCUUCAACCUGUCAUCGAAAGUGGUGUAUUCUUUCGCCAAGUUGUCAGUGCUGGGUCGCCGAAGCCAGGCAUCUUCAAAUACCAGCUCCUCCUGGAGGAUGAUACUACCUGGCUUCUCUAUGUGACUCCUGAUGAUGGCCAACGCCCCGACUUCAAGCUGGUUACCAAAUCCAGUCUCCGUGGUCCUCAUGGUUUCUCUGGUACCAUCCAAGUCGCCAAAAACCCCGCUGGUAAGUCCGGCGAGAAGUUCUACGACAACUCGGCUGGUGUCUAUCCUACUUCGGGUAAAGUAACUGGCUCGGUGACUGGUGAUCUCGGAACCUACAGUCUCUCGUGGACCAAGGCUGGCAAAAACGCUCAAGGGACUCCUCUUAUCAUGUGGGCCAUGCCUCACCACGUUCAUUCCUUUGAUCGCAAUACCAGUGGCCGUAUGACCGAUAUCCAUCUCCGCAGCACUGUCAAGGGCAAUGCGACCGCAGUCAUCGGAGAAAAAUGGACCAUGACCGAAGCUGGCCUUCCUAUGGAUAUGGGCUUUGCUCCUUGGUCGCCCACCAAGGGCAAUGUGCACACAUUAUCUGAGGAUGCUCAGCGCGCAAUCCUUCAAAUCGCUCCGAUUGAGCUACAACAAGAUAUGGCUGGUCAGACCAAUCUCAACAGCAUGUACUACAGCGGCAAGGCCCUCAGCAAAUUUGCUACCUUGGCUUGGACCGUCAGCCAGCUGGGUAACAACCCUGGGCUUGCCAAUGCAGCUCUCCAAGAACUCAAGAAGUGCUUUGCUCGCUUUGUGCAGAAUCAGCAACAAUACCCUCUUGCCUAUGACUCGGUCUGGAGGGGUGUGGUUUCGACUGCCGGGUAUGGAGGCGACUUGAACGCUGACUUUGGAAAUACCGCUUAUAACGAUCAUCACUUCCACUACGGUUACUUCAUUCAAGCUGCAGCCAUCAUUGGGUCUCUUGAUCCAACCUGGCUGGGCCCAAAUAAGGAUUGGGUCAACAUGCUUGUUCGUGAUGCGGGUAACUCUAUUGCCGACGACCCAUUCUUUCCCUUCUCUCGUUCCUUCGAUUGGUUCAACGGCCAUUCGUGGGCCAAAGGCCUCUUUGAAUCGUUUGACGGCAAAGACGAAGAAUCCACCUCCGAGGACACUAUGUUCGCCUACGCUGUCAAGAUGUGGGGCCGGACCAUUGGAGACGCCAGCAUGGAAGCUCGAGGCAACAUGAUGCUGGGCAUUAUGCGCCGCACCCUCCAGAGCUAUUUCCUCAUGGAGAAUAACAACGCCAACCAGCCCCCAGAGUUCAUCGCCAAUAAAGUGACUGGUAUUCUUUUCGAGAACAAGGUCGAUCACACAACCUAUUUCGGCAACAAUCUGGAGUAUAUUCAGGGAAUUCACAUGUUGCCGUUGCUCCCCAACUCUGCCUAUACCCGGCAGCCCCAAUUUGUUGCUGAAGAAUGGAAUGCUAUGUUCUCGGCCAACGCCUCGACUCCUGCCCAUGAGGUUGAUGGUGGCUGGAAGGGUGUCCUGUUCGCCAACCUGGCCCUGAUCGACCCUCAGGCGUCUUGGGACUUCUUCGCUCAACAUAAGUUUGACUAUAGCUGGAUUGAUGGCGGUGCCUCACGGACGUGGUACCUCGCUUAUGCUGCCGGUCUUGGUGGUGGUCCUUAG